AUGACCUAUGCAGUGACGAAAAAUCGCAUGGAGACAUUGAAAGAAAAGUUCGAACAGUGCUCUAAAUUAGACGCCAAAUUACACGCUGCCGCUGAUGCUAAGGAGAAGACCACGCACCCCUACUCCUCAGACCACGAAUUCGACGAGUGCAAAGAAGCCUACGAGUCAGCGUUGGAUUAUUUCGCAGAAGUUAUUCAUGAACUUUUCAAAUCCUCCGCUCAUCCUGCAGCUAAUGUAAGUCAUUCGCACGAAUGUCCGUCUCAUACGACACUCAAUCUACCGAAGGUCACGUUGCCGGUCUUCGAUGGAUCGUUCGACAAGUGGGAGAGCUUCCGCGACCGUUUUCAAUUGAUGAUCAUUAAAGAAAAAAGCCUAUCUAACGUUCAAAAAUUGCAUCAUUUAUUUUCGUGUCUCAAAGGUGAAGCGCUUAUAGCAAUCGAACAUUUAACGGUUACUUCUGAUAACUUUCCGGUAGCGUGGACGAUUCUUUUGUCCAACUUCGAAAACGAGCGUCGGUUGAUCAAUGCGUACAUACAUCGCUUAUUUACAUUGCCCAAUGUCACAGCAAAAUCGACGACCGAACUUCGAGCUCUACAGAGCAAAUUAACUGCCGCAAUUGCCGCAUUAAAGAAUUUGUCUCGUCCGGUCGAACUUGGAGCGAUAUUUUUGUUUAUAUCAUCACACAAAGACUCGACAAAUCCUCGCGCGAAGCGUGGGAAUUGA